GCGACGACGAGCCCGGGGGGAGAUUAACGACGCCAGUGUGUGAACAAGAAUACGGAACAAAAUGCGUCCCAACGACCUGAUUCAGCAAGAGCGGCGUAUCACGGAGACGAUGUCCGAGACGUCCGAGGGGACGACGACGACGACGAGUGUCUCCGGCAAGUCGAGCAUCGAUAACGUCGAGGAGCUGCGCGGCCUCGCGGCCGUCCUCGGCAUCGUCAACCCCGAUGACCUGCAGCAGGAAAGAUUUCGCGUCGAUCGCAGAAAACUGGAGCAGAUGCUGCUCGGUGACAGCAGCAGUGAGAGCGCCGACAUGUUUUUUCACAAGGUCAUGGAGGAGACUAACACAUUCAUAACGUGGCCAUCGAGGCUCAAGAUCGGCGCCAAGUCGAAAAAGGAUCCACAUAUCAAAGUCGCCGGGCUUCAGGAGAACAUCCGCAUAGCCAAGGAUCAGAUAACUCAGGUUCUGGACACGCGGCAAAACAACAGGGUGACGAUGAAGUUGGACGUCAGUUACACUGACCAUUCCCACAUAAUCGGCAAGGGUGGUCUCACCAUUAAAAAAGUCAUGGAGGAGACCAGCUGCCACAUCCACUUCCCCGACAGCAAUCGCAGCAAUCACCAGGAAAAGAGUAAUCAAGUCUCAAUCGCUGGCGACAUGGAAGGCGUCGAGAAAGCUCGCGCUCGCGUCCGAACUCUGACGCCGCUAAUCUUCUCUUUCGAGCUGCCGGUGAUGGGCAACAGCUCGCAAAUCGCAGUCGCGGCUAGCGCCACCCCCUUUUCUACUUCACCGUACAUCGUCAAGAUUCAGGAGAAAUAUAAUGUGCAAGUGAUGUUCCGCACAAGGCCGAAGCUCCACGCAACGCUGGUCGUCGUCAAGGGAUGCGAAUGGGAGGUCUCGAAGGUCAAGGAGGCGACUGUCCUCCUUAUUCACCAUAUGUGCGAGAAUCUGGCUAGCCAGAUACAGGUACAAAUGUCAAUGGAAAUAUCGCCGCAACAUCACAGCGUCGUUCUAGGUAAGCAGAGCAACAAUUUGAAAUCGAUCAUGCAACGCACGGCCACACAGAUAAUGUUUCCUGAUGCUGGCGAUCCGAACAUCCCGAGUUUAAAGAAAAGUAAUGUGACGAUUACUGGAUCUAUUCACAAUGUAUAUUUAGCACGGCAGCAACUUAUGGGUUCCUUGCCAUUAGUAUUGAUGUUUGAUUUACCGGAGAAGUCAAUUAAUUCUGUUACAACGGAUGAUGUAUCACGACUGAUGCAAUCGUUGGACGUUUUUAUUAACGUUCGCCAUAAGCCUAAACAAAGUACGCUCUCAAUUGUGGUCAAAGGCAUUGAGAGAAAUGCUAGUAAUAUUUAUGAAGCUAGAAGGCAACUUCUUGGUUUGGAAGAAGUUAAGGUUGUAGCCGAUAUUCCACAGACUUAUCUUGCUCCUAAUUCGACGAGCUUCAUCUUACAAGGUGGCUCCGUACCUCUUGGUCCAUUUGUAAUUAACGAAAACAUCCCAAACAACGGCAUGAGUUCGCCACCAUCAUCGUUCUGCAGUAUGUCGCCAUCAUCAGGAAUACACUCGGCGUCCAACAGUUCAGUGAGCUUUCCCGCGCACUGGGCUAUCACCCCAAUGCCUCCGUCUCUCUUCUCACCGAUCUCAUUGCAUCCGAACCAUCUCACUCCGACUUACGCGUACCCGCCGCAUCUCAGCCAUCUGCUAACAAUGCAACAGCACCAACGACAGCAACAGCAACAACAUCAACAUACGUUGCAUAAUACGGGCAAGGGCCUAAUGGGGCUCGACGCUCAAUUACACUCGAGUGCCAAUAAUAUGAAUAGCGCUCUUAACGGUGUGUUCCUUAAUGGUAUGCGUAACGGCCUUUUCUCAGAUAGUAAGGAUAGCAGCGCCUUUUCUUCAAUAAGCAGUGUAUCAAGUUCACUUUCAAGUCCAGCCUUGAGCCCACGAAAUGUCUCGCCAAUAGACCCAACUUCUGUUGCAUGUUCUGAAGUUAAUGCGAACCUAGAUUUAUCAAACGUACUAUCCGAAUUGACUCUUGCCAGUAAUGCUCGAGCUACGGGCAAUGAGAAGAAAACGACGCAGUUAGAAAUGCAGUCGAAUUUGCAGGACUUUACCCCGAUGACGUUCGAUUAUGAACAGAAAAAACUGAUGGCCUUAAAGGCCAUGCAGACCAAACCAAACGCAAACGAUUAUCGAGUACCUACCUCCGUUUGGUCGGGAUAUGGAUUCAGUCAAACAAUUCCUCAUAUAGCUUCUGCUACUGAAACCAGCAACGAUACGUUAUGUCAAACUUCAUCAUUAUGGAAAGAUACGCCUACGCCAACAGCAUUAACUCAAGAUUAUGGCGUCACUUCAACGAAAGACGAGACUACUAAUGCCAAAAUCACUGGCGUCACUUCCAAUUACAUCGACAAUACGUCCAAUUAUCUCUUGAAGAAAAUCACAUCGCAACAUCACACCGACCUCGCAAGCAUGCUAACUAGCGUAGGUCUGGAAAAAUAUGUCCGUUUAUUCUUAUCUCAUGAAGUUGAUAUGGCUACUUUUCCCUCACUCGUGGAAAAAGAUCUCUGUGAAAUUGGUAUCACAGCUUGGGGAGCAAGACGCAAGAUAAUGCUUUUAAUUUCUGAAAUGAACAAGCGAACUAGUCCAUUCUCUGGCAGCGCAGCCCCGGGAGCAGAAAGAAAAUUUGCAUCACUGUCAUCGUCAUCGACAUCGGUGACACCCCCUACGCCUGUUCGCAAAUGCAGCCUGGAAAACAAUAAUUGGUAAACAGAAAAUAAUUCCUGCUUCCUGUAUGAGCAUUGGACAAAACAGAAGCAAGAUAUUUGAAAGUUAUUGCGUAUUUCUAGUAUAUAUAUAUAUAUUGUCACAUGAAAGUUUGUUGAUAAAUUUUGCUUUUUCUUGCUUCGAACAGACACUAGUCCAACAAGUAUCCUAAUUCGUUAUCUAUUUUUUUUUCGUAUUUUUUUCGUUUUUUUUUUUGUUUUUUUUUUGUUUUUUUUUUUUGUUUUUUUUUUCAUCUUCUUCUUUGCACGUGUUCAUAUUAUAACAGCGCCCAGGUGGUGCGAAUUAGAUUUAAGCUGCAGAAUAAGUUAUUUUGUUUUCUGCUUUUCGUCACGCGCACGCAACGAUCGAACGGAUCGUUCGUUGUUACGUAUGGUUGUUUAUUAAGGUGGUAUGAUGCAUCCGUAAAACGACCGAACAACGAUGAAAAACCGUUCUAAAAUAUCGCUCUCGAUUCGUCGGGAAGUCCAAGUGAAGCAGAAGCGAAAACGGAUGCAUGCGUAACUCGAAGAGAGGGACCGAGGGAGAAAGAAAGAGCGAAAUCGAGUGUUAUGGAGUGUGAGCGAUUGCGAGAGAAAGAGACAGACAAACAGACAUAGAGCACAGGUGUGUGGACGCUGUGUGUGACACAUUAAUACAUAUGGGAUUUCGCUGAUUACGUCUAAGUCGAUUUUACAUCGCGCCGUAGCGCGUCUGUCUGUGAUGAUGAGAAAAGCGUUCUAGUUGUUCUAUUAAUAAGAUAAGAGAGCUUUAUUCCUUAUGGAGUUAAGUGUAGAAGUUAAGAUUUAUAGUGAUGUAGGCAAACUUUUGUACCUUCGAUUUCGCAACUAAGGCAGGAAUGAAGUAUAGCGGUCUAGCAGACAUAAUACAACCUUUUCUGAAAUGAAAUUGUGAAAUUGCCAGAUGACGAGUAAGCGUCACAAAUACUGUGUCCCUGUGCUACUGUGCCCUUUUGCAAGAUAAAUUUUUUUUUUUUUUUUUUUUUUUCUUCUAAACAUUCUGGAAUUGUAUUGACCACGGCGUUCAUCAUCGUUUAGAUUUCGAAAAUAUUUAUAAUUUAUAAUCGACAGUUUUGAAAAUUUGCUUGUAAGUAAUGAUGUAAGAGCCGGUAACUCCUGAUUUUUAAAAAACUUAUACAGUACUUGUUAUUAGUAUAACUUGAAUAGUAAAAUUUUAAAGGACCAAUGUAUUACUCUUUUGUCUCUUUCUUAAACGCACUCUCUCUCCGUCUUUCUCUUUUUCACAAAUGUACGCGCAUUAACACGCUCAGCACAUAUUUAUAUUUCUAUAUAUAUAUAUAAUUCGUUAUAAAUUAUUUAAUUUUAAAAUAUUUUUUUCUUUUUUUUUGCAAUCAAAUGAAACGUUAGGUAAUGCUCAUUGUUAAAAGUCAAUAACGGGAGACAAUGUUUGACAAUAAAGUUCUGUCCCUCUAUGAAAUAGAAUCGGUUCACGAGCAGAAUUUUUCGAGCGUACCUAACGAAGGAUUUUACCGCUGAGAGUUGUUGACUAAGUUUGUACAGUUUUAAGCGUUAAUUAUUGUUGUUGGAAAUACUUGAGAUAAUUAUUGAAAUAUGUUUUCGAUCGAAUCAUGCGUGAGCUAUCGUUAAUAACAUAAAAUGUGUCUAUGUGAUUGUUUACGGACGUACUAUUAUAUCUCAUUCUGGAUGAUUUAUUGUACUUGAUGUAAAAGUGUCUGGGGUCUAAAAAGUUAUUAAAAUUGACCCCUCGGUUUACGCGUUUAAAGAGUAAAAUUAAUUAUCAAGGUACUAAGCCUUUUUCCUUUAAUUUUCGCGCUGGUUACGACAAGGUUAGGAAAUAAAUUAAAUGAAGGAAUUAAAUGAAAUUAAAAAUAUAUAUAAAAAAUAAACAAGUAUUAGCGUUAAUAAAAGACUAUCUUAAUUGAGAUAUACAAUAAGAGCGCCUGACUGCGAUUUAGAGAGAACGCAUUUGAGCCAUUAUGAAUAAUAAUAGAGUAUCGAGUCAUAGCACCGCAAAACUUUGAUAAAUCAAUGUCACACACAACACCCUUCGAUUCCUACAAAGAUUAAUGGCAAAAGUUAUAGAUAAUUUUUCCUCCAUUUCAAACAGAUUCAAGUAACGUUGGCCAGCUUUUUCUUGCAAUUUACUUCUCAUUAAUGUCGAUAACUCCUCACAAUCUACUCUUUUAUUCUGCUAAAAUUAAAGUUCUCUUACGCGAUUCCUAUGCAAAACAUUAGAAUACAAUUUAUUUACGAAUUACAAUAUUUAUAGCAGAAUAAAUUGGACAAAUUGGAGUGAGUUGAAUUUAUAAUCACUAAGAAAUAAAUAAUCUUAAUAUUACAAAACAAGAGAGGAAAAUAAAAGCCUGCCGUGUAAAACAGAUGGGGGGAACAAAAAAAUUACAUAAUCAAAUACGAUUUCACGUGUAGAAAGGAUCGUGGCUCUUAUGUGUAUGCGUAACAGUCAAUGCGUUAUGGGAAAAAGCAUUUUAUAAGACUUAAGAAUGAUAUUUUUUAAAAAUGAUAUAUCUAAUUAAUACUUUGAUUAGCUCUCAAAAUGAUAGAUUUACUAUUGAUGGAAUGUGAGUGUAUGUUUUUGUAUGCGCGCAUGCUUAUAUAUACAUACCUAAUAUACUAUUAUACUUUAUUAAGAUAAUGAAUGCUAAUACCUUUAUAUUGAUGAUUGUUGGUUUGAUAGAAGUAAAAAAACAUUUUUGUAUCACUAUUUUUAAUAAAGUCAAGAAUUUAUACAAAAA